AUGGAUAAAAAUCUCCAUUUCGAACUCAGCCAAAACACAGUAUUCCUCAAGCGAAACGGAAGUAACUGCUUGUCAGGGACCCUCGUUCUCUGCCUGGGGAAACCCACACGGAUCCGACGGGCAGAAGUCAACCUGAAAGGGGUCUUUCGCAGACAACCUCGCGAAUGGCCCGUUUUCAACACGAGCGUAUCACUCCUCCAGACGAAUAUCCUCCGGCCUCUGUAUCUCUCGCCAGGACGGCAUGAGUUCCCCUUCACUAUUCCCCUGCCUCUCUCGCGACAUAUGAAGGAGACGGUCGAGGGUGUGGACGGGUAUGCCGUCUUCUACCGGCUUAAAGGUUCGGUUGCUGUCUCUGGCAAGGAAAUCUCCUGUUCCGAGAGGAUACGCAUAUACCAUGCUCUUGAAUUGCAGACAGAUGAUCCGGUUGGCGUUUAUAAUGAAUGGCCUCAGAAAAUCAGAUACUCGAUCGAUACCCCCUCACGAUACGUGCCCUUUGGCUCAACUGUCCCUCUGGAAAUCAACCUCGCCCCCCUGACAGAAGGGAUACAAUUAGAAAGCAUCACGGUCGAGAUGCUUGAAGACCAGAAUCUUGCAGACGAGUACUUUUCCAACAAUUCAGCAGAACGACUGGUUCAAUCACGGAGAAUUUGCGAGCGGAAAUUCAAUUCUAUCAAAGAUCUCGACUUCGGCAAUAAUAAUUACUAUAACAAUGAUUACGAUAAUACCGACAGUGAUAAUGGAUUCUGCGUUUCGAUAUCGCUACCGACCUCGCUAUCUGCGUAUUCGCAGGAUGUCAUGGUCGGGCAUCUGGAUAUCUCUCAUCGACUGAUAGUCACCCUUUUCAUCAGGAACGACAAUCAUAUUUCUUCAAUCCGUGCAGCUGUUCCAGUCGUGAUAUAUAUGCCAUGUGCUAACCACGUCAAAGAUGGAAUUCCUCCACGAUACGAAGAUCAUAUGCUGGAUCUACCGGUAGACAUGUCUCAUUUAGAUCGAUUACCGAGUUACAAAUAA